UAUCAAAACUGUAUCAGAUUCAAGUUAAACAAGGAUAACACAUUUACAUCUGUGAAAAAAAUCUCAUCUCUGGAUUUUUUUUUAUAGAAUUUCUGAUUUUAUGCAUUGACAUGUAGCUGUAAGUCUGUUCUUUUUUUUCUGAUAAAAUGAAGAUUAUAAAAUGAUUUGAGAUUUUCGCGAGGUAACAUUUGUGCAUCUGAAAUGAUCUGAAACUUCUAUUUCCCUGUCCCUGUUUGAUAGCUUGUUGUGAUUUCAAGCAAAAAAAUAUAAGAUAAAACAUCUUUAAAAUGUCGGCCAAUAAUACUUUCGUUUGCGGGAUUGUGCUUUUAGUUUUUACAAAUAUGGCGGUCAUCUUGGCUUUUGCGUCGCCAUAUUGGAUUAUAGAAAGUGUAAAUUACGGAACCGGCGAAUCGAGACACGGACUUUGGUUUGAAUGUGGAUAUAACAGAGAGUGUGUUACUAAUUUUAGACUACAAUACAAACCAGAGGACCAAUCAAAAGGUUGGUUUAUAGCUGUGCAAGGUCUGAUGUCAGUUGGAUUAGCACUGUGCUUGCUUUCACUGUUAAUUGCCACAAUCUCACUAUGUUGCCAAAAACAGAGUUGUUCCCCUUCUGGCACGAUAGCAGGACUACUGUUGACAACGUUUUUAGCCAUGUGUGUUGCAGUGAUCUUAUUUGGAAUAAAAGCUUCACAAGAGUUAAAAGUGACUGUUGGUUUUGAUAGUAAAACUGAUGAUUGUUUUGGUUGGUCAUUCUGGCUUGCAGCAGCAUCAGCAGCUUUGUCAUUAGCUACCUCCGGUGUAUAUGGAUGUGCGUCACGGAUAGAUUGAAAACGAGACUUAUCUCCUGCCCAUUCCAUAUGAAAUAUGGACCAGACUUAGAAAAAAGUUACUCAUUCAUUUUGUAUUAUACAUUUUUAUUUUUAAUUCAUUUUAUGAUUCAGGAUUUUAAAAUAUUUAAGUAUAUAUACAUUUUUUUUGUAUUUAGAAUUAAGUUAUAAAUAUAAUUUCGUAAAAAAAAUCUGGUAUAGAAUUAAGACUUCAUGUUUUAUUUAUAGUAUAAUUCAACUUGUAUUUGAACAAGGUUGGUGCUGUCCCAUCUAAUUUAUAAAAAAUGUCCUCCGAAAAUUGUUACUUAUGUUUACGUAUGCAAUGAUCUAUCAUAGAGGGCUCUCAUGGGGUUUUUGAUUAUGUGAUUACUUGGUCGUUUUUUUAAUGAUUAUUUGAUUAUUAAACCAAAUAGUUCAUGAUUAUUUGAUUACCUAGGACUGUAUUUUUAGUUUAUGAUUAUUUGAUUACUAAAGAUAAGCAAAUAUUUAAUGAUUAUGUGAUUAUAUUGGCAAAAAAAUGGUGAUUAUGUGAUUACUAGGACCCCCCCCCAUGAGGGGCCUCAUCAUAAACUAACUUCUAUUUAUCGGAAUUUCUAGUCAAUUUGCCAUGUGUACAAUAUUUCCGACAUAUACAUGUAAAUGUAGCUUUAGUUUCUCGUUUGAAUUGUGUACAUUGUCUUAUCGGGGCCUUUUAUAGCUGACUAUGCGGUAUGGGCUUUGCUCAUUAUUGAAGGCCGUACGGUGACCUAUAGUUGUUAAUGUUUCUGUCAUUUUGGUCUUUUGUGGAUAGUUGUCUCAUUGGCAAUCAUACCACAUCUUCUUUUUUUAUACUGUUUGUUUUCAUUUAAAAAGUAGAGAUUAUCCUACAUUUGUUUUGUAGUAUGAAAACUAUUGAGUAAACUUUCUUUCAACAUUUUACAUGUUUAUGUGUUAAUAUAAAUGAAGACCAACUGGGUAAAAAAUACACAGUGUCUGAUAUAUUUAUUAUUUAUUACCUUGUAUAUAUAUGUCGAUGGCAUUGCCCAGAUUUUUCACAGCCCAGAUUUUUCACUGCAUUUAUGGAAUUUUUCGUUUAAGGAGGUAGAUCUAGCUUAAGGGAAAUAACUCUUAAACUUAUCAGUACGUUUGUGUCAACCAUUUUCAUAAAUACAUCCUAAGUUUCAGGGUUACAUAGAUUAUUUCCAAUCUGUUGUAUGUAAAUGCUUGCAAUACAUUGAUGAAACUUGACUUUUAAAAAUGUGUAACUGAUUUAAAGAGUUAUCUCCCUGAAUCAAGGGAUAACCCCUUAAAUUCUCUUUUAUUUGGUAAUUGAUGAAUCCAAUUCAAGCGCCAUUGAUGAGUCUAGUUUAGACGAAAUUGUGGUCUGACAUUAUUUUAUGUAUAAACUUUAUUUCUAUGACAAUCAAGUAGAUUGUUUACCUCUAUUUACGAUAUAUGUAUAUAUAUAUUAUAAGAAUUUCUCACAUAUUAUUUGUGCACCUGUAUUUUUAUAAUAAAAUGCCUGAUUAUAUUUA